AUGGGCACGAUCGGGAGAUUCUUCAGUGGGGAGUCCGAGGCCUUCAAGGGCCUUGUGCUGGUGAGGUUCAACGCGUCGCGCGGCCUUGUGUGCUGGGCGGACAAGGUGGCCAAGAACCAAGUGGACUGCAAGCCGCUGCUCAUCGACGGGUCUGACCUCGGCUUCGGGGACGCGGGCGCGGUGACCGCAUUCCCGUCUCUGCACUUGACCGCGGACGCGAUUACCGAGGAUGCCGCCUUGGUGUGCUACUCGGCCGACCCAGAGGGCAGCGUGCUCGACACCGAAAAUUUCGAUGGAAAGGGCACCUGCAACAUCGUGGGCUUGGCGGAUGGCGACUCUGUCGUCGGUGCUGGCCCCCCGAACGAAGUGAAUUCGGGCACCACGCAGUUCCUGGCUGUGGCCACGGCCAGCUUCGACGACCGCUCCGCGGUGCUGUGCUACUCGGACGGCGGCGCAGGCAGCGGCAGUUGCAAGGCUCUCGGCAUGGCGGAGACGUCCACCUCCUCCACCUCCUCCACGGAGACCACGGAGUCCACCACGGAGUCCACCACCACGACCCCACACACCACCUCAGAGACCAGCACCGUCUCGGGGACCAGCACCACGUCUCUGCACACGACCUCGGCGACUUCCACCACCUCGUCGGCCCACACCACCACCGUCACCACCGUCACCCACACUCUCACCCAGCCCGAAGAUCCAAUUUCAGGAAGCUUGGCGCCGGACUUGUGGGGAGUUGGCGUGGCGUUGCUCGCGGCGACCGGGGUCACGUUGUGUUGA